AUGCUUCGAAACAUGUGGCCAAUAUCUAUUGUGAACCCUGACGAGAUCGUGCAGUACCGUACCUCCAGCUACCUCAAGAGGCAGACGGAAGCUGCAACGAUGCCGUCAUCAGCCGAACUGAUGCGGAGACUGGAUGAAUUCGCAAGGCAGAACCCCAAAAGCAGGACGAGCAAAGCUCUGAAAGCAAAAGAAAUAUCCUUGGAAGCCUUAGCCGAAGCCAUCAGUCAGACAUGCAGCUUUGCUGAACCCUCGUCACUGGAGAAUCCGAAAGGGCUCAGGCAGUGGGGUGACGAUGUCAAGCAGUGGUACCUGUCAGAGUUCCAAGCUGACAGACAAAGGCAGAUGGAGGCCAGAUCAUAUGAUGAUCAGGGCACCAAUGUGCAGACGAUUACCAUGAAGGUACUUGGGAUCCCUGCAUACUUUUCCAGACAGGUGGAAAACUUAUGCCUCAAGCUUGAAGAGCAAGGCUUGAUCGUCGAUCAGACGCAAGAUAGCAGGAGCCUGAUCUUCAAGGCUCCCUUGAAGCCUGACCUUGUGCAGGCAGCGGAGAUCCCAGCAGUGAUCACAUUUGUCCGCAAUGAGGCGGCUGAGAAACUCUGGAAAGGAGAGGGUACCUUCAAGGUGGCAGGCAGGAGGAUUCUAGCAGUGAACCCAGCAGCCAACCCACCGAUCUCGUUCAAGAUGCGGCCAAAGAAGGAGAACAUGGGCAGAGUUGGAAUCCUAGCUGAGGUGGCCCAACUCCUGAGGCUCAACGAUUCGAGCACAGGUGACAUAUGUGAGAUCUACAGGCAGCUAUGCCUGAAGCAGGGAUUAGCGAUCAUUGAUCUGAUCCCAAACGCGGGAAUGACAGUGAACCUCCCCCCCAAGAGGAACCUACCGCCAAAGAAGGUGUUCGCUGCGGUAGGAAUAGAAACAGUCAACCAGAACAGAGAGGUCGACUGGAUCGCAACGUGCUCGAGCCUUGAAGCAGCGGACAUCGUUCUUCAAGCAUUCGAUCGACAUGGAAAGGAUCGUGCAGGAGUCACUUUGGGACUGGUCUCAGAGAAUGACAAAAUACUGAAAUGGUUCUCAGUGCAGAUGGAAGCAACGGCGCUGCACAAGAAUAUGAAGAAUGCGGUGCGACAAGAGGGCACGGCAAUGGCAACGGGAGCAGAGAUGCUGUACUCGGUACAAAUCUCCUCUCCUGUGCCGUCAGGGAAGUUCUCCCGAAAUGAGAUUGAAAAAAUCUGCGCAAGUGACGAAACGGGCAGAGCAAAAGUCAUCCGAAACAUUCGGAGGGCUGUCGCUUGCUUUGAUCCACAGGUGGAAAAAGAUCUCCAACGGAUCCACCUCCAAUGCGAUCCAGAAACAGGGAUCUGGGAUGGGUCUGGUAUCAUUCUCCGGCUACGCAGUGAAAGUAGUGCAAGAAAGAUGAUGGCUGAAUUCCCCACACAGCUCCUCUGCUGGCAAGGCACAGUUGAAAUCCAAACGACAGCGAGCAGUCUGAACCUCAAAGUGUCGCCUCAGGCAACUCGCGAUCAGUCUAACCCUGAGGCCAGGUCACAAACGACGGGGACCAGAGCAGAGGGAACUGUGUGGACAGAGAUCGAGCUCAGUUCCAUUAUCAAUGAAACCAACCUCCCAGAUGCGGGAACGGACGUGGUCGUCGAAGAACUUAAGGAAACUAUUGCUGACCUAACUAGGAGCGAGCUGCAACAGCAAGGGCAGCUUCAACUCCAUCUUGAUGACGCGGUGCAAGAGAUGGCUCCGGAGAGCCCAGGAAAUGCAUCCUUCCCCACGCUACAAGAGUGGGCUGAUAAGGGUGCCAACGCGGCAGAGAAUGCCGUGAGCAAGCGACUGCUGAGAUACAGAUGGAAGACGCGCGAGUGGAAGAUGCACCCGAAGCAGGGAGCAGAGCGGAGGAGGAGGAGAGGGCAGGUGGGACAGUGGGCACCAGGGCGUGGUGGAAUCAAGCAGAAAGAGACAAGAAGAGAGUGGUUUAUGCAGCAGAUUGAAGAAGCCAAGAAGGAGAAGGUCGAGACAUACACCGCCUCAGCAGGCAACGAGGUGACUUCCUUCAUCUCCAUGACUCUCCUGGGCAUCUCCUCGGUGUAUGUCAACCAUGAAGAGAAGCUGAAGAAGAAAUUCGAAGAGAUCGGACUGAUCGUAGACUCAGUGCAAGAGAGUAAAGCAAUCAUGUGGAAGGCUCCGUAUAGACCCGAGAUAGCGAGUGCUGAGGAGAUCCCGGUGACUGUUUCCUUCCUUCGCAAUGCACAAGCGGAGAAGCUCUGGCAGGGAAGAGAGGACUUCGCGAUCGAUGGUCGCAAGUUCACAGCUGUACAUGUGAGCAUCGUGCACGAUCGAUCUUUCAAGAUUCGAGCCAAGAGAGGACCCUGGGGCAAAGGGGGCAGCUUGGCAGAGCUGACCCACCUGCUAACCUUGGGCGGCAUGACAACGGCUGAGAUAGCUGCCGUCUAUCGCUAUCAGCUGCUGCGCCAGUCCCUUGCAGCGGUCCAACUCCAGCCGCUGGCAGGCAUGCUGGUCGCUGGGGCGCCAGGACAGCAAGUCCACAAAGGCUUAGGUCAGAAAGGCUUCAUCGCUGUAGGGGCCAACGUCAUCUGGAGACAGAGGGAGGUGGAGUGGAUCGUCUCGGCGGAGCUGCCCAGAGGCGAAUGA